GUUUCCGUCUCUUCCUCAGUCUUGCAUCUAUCUUUCUUUCUAAGACAAAACAACCAAUUGGUCAGAGAAGAUGGAUGUGUUUGUGUUACAUUUCACAAGAAAAUAUUUGUAACAAUAGCUACUAGAACCAACUCUACCCUAAAUCAUAACUCCUUUUCAAGGUUUUAGAGUUUAUGUAGUACUAAUAUUUAUGAUCGCAAUAAGUAUGGAUUUAGUUAAAUUAUUCAUUCUACUUAUUAAAAAAAUAUUCAGUAGGGUUAUUGGUUGUUGUAUUUUAGUGGAUUUGAAAAUCCGAACUAAAUUUAGUGUUAUUGGUUCUAUGAUUUUCAUAUCUGUUUUAAAAUCAUGUGUUAUUGGUUUAAUGAUUCAUAAAUUCUGUAUCAACUCAAGUGUUAUUCAAUCGUACGGAUUUACUAAUAUAUUUGAUUUUACAAUGGAUUUAAAUAGAUUUGUUUGGAUUUUUUAGUUAAAAAUACAAAGACUCAAAUCCGAAAGAAUACAUCCGGAUUUCCAUAUUUUAGUUGGAUUUAUAAAUACUAUAUAGAUUUCUAAAUCAAUCAAAAUAUAUAUUUUCAGUUUUACAUGCUUUGAGAAGUUUUACCCUAGCCUCCUCUAUAUAAACACAAGGCUUCUUUAUUACCACCGCACGCAACCAACAGAGAGUUUCUAAAAAGUUUAUCUUUUGUUCCAAGUUAGAAAAACUAGAAAAGAGUUUGGUUAGAGAUAUGUGGAACCAAAAGCCGUGUUUUAGGUUUGAGAUAGAUAACUUGUCGGAGAAGAAAGCUGUCAUAUCGUCUAAAACAUUCGUGACCGGCGGAUGCGAAUGGUAUCUCGACAUUUAUCCCAAGGGAGAUCGUCUUGCUAAUGGUCACUUGUCAAUGUACCUUAGCGUUGCAAAUUCUACAAAAUUGCGAACUGGAUGGAAAAGAAGUGUUAACUAUUACUUCGUUUUGUUGAAUCAAUCCGACAAAGAACUCCACAGAUCACCAAGUAAUGAAGUCUUAUUCCUUUUAUUUUUAAUGUGGAAUCAAGUUUUAUCAGCGUUUGACUCUCUCUCUCUCUCUCUCUCUCUUUUUGUUAAUGUAACUUGUGUGUUGGGACGUACAAUAAGACGCUUUGAUGUUGCCACAGGAAAUAAGCCUAAACUCAUGUUUGAACAAAAUGCAAUUGGUGAAAAAGUUUAUGUAAUUGUUAUUUUAUUUUAUUUUAUUUUAUGUUUCAUAGUUGGACAAGGAGUCAACUUGUAUUGUGCUUCGCAUCCAUCAUGGGGUUUCGGGAAGGUCUUGCCUGUAAGCAAGUUUCAGGAAAAAGGGUUUUUGGAGAAGGACAAACUCAUCAUUGAAGUCUACAUUAAAGUUAUUGAAGCUUUUGAUGGAGAAGAAGUAUCCAACAAUAAGAAGAAUAAGACUGUCGAUAUCAACGGUUUUCAAGUUUUUGCUUCUCAGGUUACUAAAGUGGGAAAGAUAUUCACAGAUCACCCAGACAUUGCUUUAGAUGUCAAACCAACGAAACAAGAGGUGAAGACAGCAUACAUGCAUGUCCUCCUCAGGGUCAUUAAAACACUCAACAAGCCUCCAAAGAGCCUUUCAGAUACUAGACUUAACAAGGCUAGCAGCGAUUUGAGUGAGCUGAUGGACGUAGGUUUCAAGCUUGACUGGUUGAAGCUAAAGUUUGAUGAGGUUUCCUUGGAGAGGAAGAAAGCAGAUGACACUAAUGAGUCUCGUGCCCAACGACUGGAGAAACGUGCCAAGAAACUUGAGCUGAUGGAAUUAGACUUCAAGCUUGACUCUUUGAAUAGGAAGAAAGCAGAUGAUACUAAGGAGUCCCUUGACAAAGAAGUAGAGAAGCGUGCUGCGCAGAUAGAAUUGGGAUUUAAUAGGCGUUUGAAUAAGAAGCUUGGUGACUUGGAGAGGAAGAGAUCAUAUGAUACUAGUGUCUUUGACUCUCAAAUCAAACAAAUCGAGGGACAUGUCAUGGGUCUAGGAUUAAAGCUGGACAGCUUGAAUACAAAGCUUGAAGAGAUGUCCAAAGAGAAGAAGAAAGCUGAUGAUGAUGCUGAUGUUACUCUGGUCCAAGAACUCAAGAACCUUGAGCUGAUGGUCUCGGAUAUCAAAGUUGAACUUGACAAGAAAAAGAACAUAUCUUCUGAUGAUGGGUUCUUGUUGGUCGACUAGGUUGCUUGACGUAGAGAUCAAGUUAUUAGUUUUUUUUUUAAGAAGACACUUCUAUCGUUUCACUAUUUUUUUUCUUUCUAAUUUGAAUGCUGCUUUCUGGUAUUUUAAUAAUCUAGAGAUUCAACUUUACUAAAA